CAUGUAACAGCCAACAGGCGAUCAUUAGAAUGUUGUCAACAACGUCAUUGUUUAUGUUAACGAAAAUAAUGUGAUUAAAAAUUAUUUCAUAUUAUUAAUUGAUUAGUACUGGAUAUAAAUUUAGAUAUUUUUUUGCUAAUUAUUAAAUAGUAAAUUAAACUACUUACUAGUAAGUAGUCGUUUAUGGACCUUUUAUAGUUCUCUAUUUUUACAAUUUAUUAUUAACCAUAUAGAAACCACAUUGAUAAGAUAAAGGCGUUGUUAAUAUUAGCAUUACUGAUAAACAAUGGGAUAACAGAAAAACCAAUGAACGCGAUGUGUGAACAGUUAACAUAAUUAUUUUCUAUUGAACAUACUCUUCACAAUAUUUUUAGUAAUGGAACAUUUUGGUUUGUCGCACAUAUUAUGCGAGCCAGAUAAAUAUAGUCCAGAUACUUUGGACUUGUUAGCAGAUGACGAAGCAAGAGAAUAUUGGUUAAAUACAUGUGAAAAACUUGUAGACAAGUAUGUCAAUUUUGCAUUAACUCGGAAAGAUGAUCCCACUAUUGAAAUACGCGCACUCAAGUUUAAAACAUGUUAUGUGGAGGCAUUAAAAGAAAUAAGAGUAAAUCCACUAGCUCACGGAUACUUAACUAUACGCUUAUUACUUGAUAUUAAUGAAACUUGUCUUCGAGCUCAAGGCUUUUUUGAUUUAUGGAAACAGCAGAAAAAGUAUGAAAAUGAUGCUGCUCUAGCUCAGCUUGCAUCAAGACUGGCAGAAAUAGAUGCCAUACUAGAUGAUAGACAGAAAUGGAUUGCGUUAUGUAGUGGAGUGCUAGCAGGUAAUAUGUUUGAUUGGGGGGCCCAAGCUGUAACAUCAAUAUUAGAUAGUGGACUAUAUGAAGCACUGCAAAAGAUUCAAAAGCGUCCCUGGCUGUGUGAUGGAUUUGACCAAUGGCUGAAUAAAUUACAGAAUACAGUUCAUCACUGUGCGGCUGUUUUUGUAGAUAACAGUGGUGUUGAUGUCGUAUUAGGAAUUUUACCAUUUGUUAGAGGGCUCUUGCUACGAGGAACAUCAGUUAUACUAUGUGCAAAUGAAUGGCCUGCUUUGAAUGAUAUUACAAAUUCAGAGCUGGAGAGUGUACUUCAGAGUGCAUCCCUAAUAUGUCCAAUUAUCGCUGCAGCCAGUGCAUCUGGUAAUCUAGUUGUAAGAUCCAAUGGCCAAAGGGGACCAUGUCUCGAUUUAAGAACAAUAACUUUAGAUCUUGCCACUGAGAUGAAAAUGAGAGGAGUAGAUUUAAUUGUAUUAGAAGGAAUGGGCAGAGCUCUACAUACAAAUCUGAAUGCUUGUCUAGCAGUAGACUCAUUAAAAUUAGCGGUCGUAAAAAAUGUAUGGCUUGCAGAACGGCUUGGUGGACCGCUUUUUUCGGUUAUUUUUAAAUAUGAAGAUAAACCUACACAUACAAUGCCAUAAAUAUUAUUAGUUAUUUACGACAGUAUUUAAUGAAAACUAAUAAUUGACCUACAUAUAACUGAAACAGGAAAAUGUAAUUGUACAUUUAAGAAUGAUUAAUUUUAUUUGUUUUGUGUUAACAUUACUGACAUAUUUUGAAUAUAUUGAGUGUUACCUUGUAA